ACUGCCAUUGGUCGGUGCGGGCUCCGAGCGGCCAAUCACAGGCGCGGGAUGGAGUUGGGCCCCGCCAGCCUGGGCCGGGGUCUGUCGCCGUGAUCGCCCCGGGCCCCAGGCCGCCGGAUGGAGGAGGGAAGCCCCGGAUCCCCGGCCGGGCCCCGGCAGCUGGAGCUCGACAGCGCGCUGGGCUCCCGGCUCAGGGGCAGAGCCAAGAGCAGGAGCCUAUCGGCGGCCCCCGCCCUCACCACCGGCAAAGUGUCCAGGAGGACACAGUCACUGCAUGGGCCGAGCCCAGCCACAAAAUUUGGACCAAAAGCUUGCAUGCUGCAGAACCCGAAGGCUGUGAUGCACAUCCAGGAUCCUGCCAGUCAACGGCUGACGUGGAACAAACCCCCCAGGAGCAUCUUGGUCAUUAAAAAGAUUCAAGAUGAUCGGCUGCUUCAACCAUUUAAGGAGCUUUGCAUCUUCCUCAUGGAGGAAAAAGAAAUGAUUGUUUACGUAGAAAAGAAAGUACUUGAAGACCCCACCAUAGCCAAUGAUGAGAGCUUUGGACCACUUAAGAAAUUAUGCACUUUUAGAGAAGGCUUCGAUGAUUUGUCAGAUCGGAUCGACUUUAUAAUUUGCCUCGGAGGUGACGGCACUUUGCUUUACGCGUCGUCCUUAUUCCAGGGUAGUGUUCCACCUGUGAUGGCUUUUCAUCUCGGGUCCCUCGGAUUCUUGACACCAUUUAACUUCGACACCUACCAGUCACAAGUCACGCAAGUCAUUGAAGGUAACGUCGCCAUCACCCUGAGGAGUCGCCUCAAGGUUAAAGUGGUCAAAGAAAACAGUUCUGGUAAUCAGUGUGGGGUGGAGGAGAACGGGCUCAUCGACACCAGGUGUGGCGAUGGCCACGUAAGGAAGCGAGCCACCCAUUACCAGGUCCUGAAUGAAGUUGUGGUUGACCGCGGUCCUUCCUCGUACCUCUCUAACGUGGAUUUGUUUCUGGAUGGACGUCUUAUAACGACUGUGCAAGGAGAUGGGGUGAUCGUCUCAACUCCGACAGGAAGCACGGCGUAUGCUGCGGCUGCUGGAGCUUCCAUGAUCCACCCCAACGUGCCGGCCAUAAUGAUCACACCCAUCUGCCCACAUUCCUUGUCCUUCCGGCCGAUCGUCGUCCCAGCAGGCGUGGAGCUCCAGGUGAUGCUGUCCCCAGACGCCAGGAACACCGCCUGGGUCUCGUUUGAUGGGCGGAAGCGGCAGGAGAUCGGUCACGGGGACAGUAUUUCCAUCACUACCUCCUGCUACCCGGUGCCCUCGAUAUGCUUCAGGGAUCCAGUGAACGACUGGUUUGAGAGCCUGGCCGAGUGUUUACACUGGAACGUGAGGAAGAAACAGAGCCACCUGCCUGACCCAGAGGACGAUUAAGGACCGGACCCGCUCCCAGCACGGACAACCGUCCCUGCGUUUCGAACUUUGCAAAGAGCAUUCCAACAAAUCUCAAGAAUUUGAUUUUGCCUGUGUGCCUUGAACAGUGGAGCAAACUUUACGGCUCUCUCUUCCCACCACAUUUGGUUUCAAUUUGGAACGGUUGAGGUUUGAACACUCGAGUCGUUGACGAGGUCCGAGCUUCAGACAAAAAGCAUGGUUGUUGUAUGUAUAACAGUGCCGUUUUCUAAUGUGAUCAUGGUGUAGAUGAGGAUGAUUUGCAGAGAGAUUUAUCAAAAUUCUGCAUCAUAUCAGGACUUGGAGACCCCAAAGCAAACAAUAUGUAUUUUCCAAGUCAUUCUGUGGUUCAAGUAUUACACUGGGACGGGGCAUCCCUGAGGGGUUGAUGCUGAGCACAGGGCCCUGCCUGAGCCAGGCUGCCAGUGGGACCUGUCGGGGGUGUGCUGCUGUUCCUCCAGCUCCCGGGCAGUGCCCGUGUGUGUGUCUGAGGUCAGACAUGGACCACGGUGUCGGGUUUCCCCCAAUCUGCACCUUUCAGGGCUCCAUUCUACUCAAAUGGUUCUUUGUAAAAUUCAGAGCCCAGAUGUCUGUGAGCACUUAAAUAAACUGAGGCUAUUUUUGAUUGUCAGAAGCAAUAAAACACACAUAUAUUCUUUAUUAAGGACCAUAAGGUCAUUAUAUCAAAAUUUAUUACAAAUAUAAAUCUGCUGAAAUUUUGAGAUUAAAAGAACUCCAGUUAAAGGAAAUUCUGCUUCCUUCCACUAGCCCCUGCCUCGGGCUUCUGCAGAUUUAUCGAUGAAAUGCACUGAAGCUGAAGUUGCUUUGAGCACAGUCUGCCUCGUGUCCCACUCACUCUGAACGUAAUACUUCCAUAUCAGACACCCUGAACUCGUGGUGGAGAGUUUCCUGUGGAUCAAGAUCACUCACUAAAUUAGGGCAGUCAUUACUUUAUUCACAAUUCAGUGGAUUCACUGCAAUCUGACUUGCAUAUUGCCAGCCAGUGUCAGCGUAUGUGGUUAGCGAACGAGUGCUUUCGGAGGUGGUGGCAAUUGGACAAUGCCUUGUAGCUGGCACCCAGGUGGGCCCUCAGCAGCAUUUAGUGUGUUGAUCACACUUGGUGUGCCAGCUACUGACAGAAUUAAUUCCAACAGGGAAUCAAACAAUCUGCUGGAGGAACUCAGCAGGUGGACCAGCAUCUCUGCGAGGAAAGGAAUUGUCCAUCUUUCAGGUUGAAACCCUGAAGCAGGGUCUUGACCUGAAAUGUUGACAAAUCCUUUUCUCUCCACCCACCCCCCCCCCCCACACACACACAGAGACACACACACAUGCUGCCUGACCUGCUGAGUUCCUCCAGCAUUUCGUGUGUUGCUCCAGACUCCAGUAUCUGCCGUCUCUUGUCCCCAGCAGGGUAUGGUUCAUGUUCUGAUCACAGAUAGUCACAUAGAAGUGGAGGCAGCCCAGAUCUUUCUGGUGAAGGUUAAUCUGACAACUGUGGUUGGGCAGGGCAUUAAUUUGCAUAUUCCUCCUGCAGCUGUGCAGUCGGUCCUGAUGUGGCCACUGCUGGGAUUCAUUCUGACCUCCAUAAGAUGCGAUAUUUCUCAGUCCAUCACUGGGAGUUGUGUCUAGGGUUCACGUUGAGAUAAAGGUUGUGAGUGUGGGGUUUGGACACUAACCCUGUUUGUCCCCCCGUGUGUGUGUCGGUCAGAUGGGGCUGCUACCAUUCCAUGUAAUUUCCAUUCUGAUCUGGCGGAACGAAAGGCUUUGUUAAUUAAGUGAAACCAGGAAAUGCUCAGCAGGUUGGGCAGCAUCUGUGGAGGGAGAAAGAUCAAGUUUUCAGACAAUUCUGUUGAAACGUCACUACCUGAAAGGCAAGCUCUGGUUCUGGUGUUUUCUGUUUCUGUCUCAGGUUUCCAGUAUUCAGUAUUUUCGUGCAGUCCUUUGUGAAAUAACACAUCGUCAGUGCUCAGCAAAUGCCAGCCAGUCUGCUAAUGCUCCUGUGAAGUGUUUCUGUCUCGUAUUCUGGGGGGUAGACCAGAAAGCCUGCUGUUGAAGGAGGUUUAUUCAAAACCAUUGGUUGUCUUCACCUACACCCAGGGCGCAGGUUAGUCAUGUUCACAGAGGACAGGGAAUUCACAAGACCAUUCCACAUUGAGUUUACAGAGGCCACUCUGACCAAGGUGCAGGCUUGGAUCAAAACCAGUAUUUUUUUUAAAAGGUAAUUCCAAUUCAGUGAAAAGUACUGCACUAACCUACAGCUGGUACCUUCUUGUGUAAAAACCCAGCCUCUCCUCUGUGCGUAGGCUGAGCAUCUUCAGUGUGAGGUGUGGGGGCUUCUCAUCUCGUUCUCCCUUUACCUUCUCCCUGCCUGCACGGCCUUUCCGCGGGGGGUGACGGGCGGGCAGCGGCAGUUUGGGUUGUGGCUUCUUUCCUUCUGCAGUUGUUGAGCUCUGUGUUCAGUCUCUGCACAGGGACAGUGUACGCACCAGACAGAUGCUUUACCGUCUUGACCAGACACACUUUAGAACUGUACACCCUGAUAGUAUUGCACCUUUGAGGAAGCAUUUUAUUUUAAAAGAAGAAUCAUCCAGGCACGUUGUGAUUCUUGUUGAGAAUGCAGAUUGUAACCCUUUCACUGCCAGUGGAAGUAGGGGCUGGAGGUACAGCAGGGUCCUGGGAGUGGUGUCUGCAGAGGGAGGACCUGUGGGCCUCGUACCCCAGACACACACAGCUGGUGUUUACUCUUUACAGAUUUGCAGGUUUCACUGUCACCGCACUGCCUUUGCCCAGUGACACUGCUCACUUCCUGUCUGAUGUGGGGCUCAGGGGCUGUUGCCCAGAUUUUGUGAUUCGUUCUGUUUUGUCUGGGACACAAGAUUGGGUGGUGUGUGCGACAUAAACUGAGGCUUAUCUGCAGUCUACUUUGAGCUUGGACUGUACGGUUUACUGAGAUCUGCCUGCAUUCAUUUGGCACAGUGGAGUUUAUCAUCACUGCUGCCUUUUACUUCUGUGCAGAGCCUUGUGCCGUCUCUCCUGCCCAGGUGGUGUAUGUAGUGGCUCUUUCCUGAGAGAUCUGAUUCCUGCGGAGUUUGAGGGUAUUGGUGAAAAUGGAUCCAACCCUCCCUGGUGGAGGGGGUUAGAUCGCAGGGACGUGUUCAGGUUCUGUCCAGCUGAACGUGUCUGUGGCAGUGUGGUUAAAGCAGCUUUCCUGGUUGUCAUUCCCAGUCCAAGAACUGGAUUCAGUUUGCACUCUUCCUUUCCCUUUUAAUCCACCACAGGGGAGUUGUCUGUGCUCAGCUUCUGUGUACCUGCACUCUUGGGCUUGUGUGCUUUACUGAUGGGGUCUUAGAAAUGCUGCCUGUUGUAUAUUUCACUCAAAGAUCUUUAACUUUCAAAGGUUUGCUGGUUGAAUCAUCGUUAACCUUGUGCUGUAAAGUAUUAAUUUAUUAAGAAGCCACGUACGUCACAAGCAGAUCUCCUUGCUACCUUGGGUGGAAUGCUGAUCUUAGUCUGUUUUAUACUUUCUAAAUUUGCAGCAGUACACGGCGAGUUGUAAGGGUGAAUUUUUCGGUGUCAGCAAAUUAUACAGUAAAAGCGAAAGGUGGCAUCAAGUAAGAAACAGCUUCUGCAGAAGGUGGCAUUGUUUGUUAUAUUGCCUGAUUCAUUUCAAUCACAACAGGAUUUUUAAACAAAUUUUUAAUCAAUGGUUCUUAGUUACUUUCCAAAAAUAUAGUAUGCAGUGGGCUGCUCCUGGAGCCAGCAUAAACAUCCCAAAUAUUCAAAUAUUUACCCAGUACAAGUGGGGAUAUGGUUAAAAUUGUGCAGAAUUUAAAUUUAAACCAACUGCCUCUUGUAAAUAAAUCACUUUAACCUGUGCAAUUUUAUCACAACUAAGUUUCUAAUGAAAUGUAAAUUAUGUUGAAUUAAUGUUAUUUACAAUUGUGAUACAUAAAUGUCUUUUAAUCUGUAUCUGUCUCCACCUUGUUUGAUUUGAGUUUUACAGAUUGUUUCCUAUUUAUAGCAACAUGAGUGCUGUUUGAAAACCUGAUUGAAGAUGCCCAGUGUUUCUGAAAUUUCCUUUCUGCAGUUUUUGUUUUACUCUGUUUUGGGGAUUUUUAUUUUGUAAUGACGAAACAAAUGGAGAGUGCAGCAUUGACAAAGUUUAGCUAUUGAACUGGGUAUUAGCAGAUUGAGUAGCUUCUGAAUUUGAACUGGGAUCAUGCUUUUUGUUUGAGACUUGAUGUUUGUUGGACAUCAGUAAAAUUGUUAUAUGUAGGACACUAUUUUUCAAAUCUUUUACUAAAUAAAUUAACCUGUGUUUUAUAGACUGAUGCUUCUGAUGGUCUGUAUUUUCUCGGUACAGAGGCAAGGUUUGGUUAUGGCUAUAGGGUGGUAUGCUCCUAGUUGGAAAGUUCUGGGUUUGUUCCAUUCCAGAGACUGAGCACAAGAAUCCUGGGGGAUACCCCAGCACCAAAGAUGUGCUGCACUGUCACAAGUUAAAUGAAAACCUGCUCUGUUCUCUCAGCCGGCUGUAAAAGAUCUCAUAGUCGAGUUUUAAAGUGGGGUUUCCCGGUGUCCCGUCCAGGAUUUGUCCCGAAAACCAUUACAGAAACACAGGUUAUCUGCUCAUUGUCACGUUGCUGCCUUGAUAAAGGAGUUGUGCAGAUGAACAAAAGGUGAAAAGUGGGAGCAGGGAUAGGCCAUUCGACCCUUUGAGUCUGUCCACCAGCCGUUGGGAUCAAGGCUGAUCUAACGCGACGUUUCCCUGCACUGUCCCCAUAUCCCUUGAUUCCCUUUAUAUUUGGAAACCUGAUGAUCUCCCAGUGAGAGAGAGUCCCCAACUCCUCAUCUCAGUCCUCGAUGGUGAACCCUAGGCUCUGGACUUCUCCCUCCGGUAGGUCCUGGUGACUGGGUGGGUUGUCUGCCCUGGAACUAACUCGAUGGUGAACCCUAGGCUCUGGACUUCUCCCUCCGGUAGGUCCUGGUGACUGGGUGGGUUGUCUGCCCUGGAACUAACUCGAUGGUGAACCCUAGGCUCUGGACUUCUCCCUCCGGUAGGUCCUGGUGACUGGGUGGGUUGUCUGCCCUGGAACUCACUCAGGACAAUGAACAUACAAACUGAAUCAGGAAGAUGAUGGAAAAUGACCUGUGUGAAUCGUACAGAAUCUCCGGGAGUCUCCAUAGGUACACGUAAGUUUAAUUCAUCUGGUUUUUAACGUUUUGGAGAAUUGUGUGUCAGCUCAGCUGAAAGCCAAGAGAGGUGCAGAAUCCAGUCUGUGACCAGAUCAGUGGGAAAUCAAUGCUCUCGACAAUUAAAACAUGUUCCUUUCGAGAAGGAAGUGAAAUUAGACAAAGGGGUGUGUCAUUGGAAGAUCUAAUCUAUGAAAAACUGUUUAAAUGACUUUAGUGAAAUUUGGUGUUAAACACCUGGGCAGUGGGGGUUGGUGGAUUGUUUGUGGGGGGUCCGUAGUUCCAGCCUGGACCCUCGCUACCCUGCCCUUUGCUGUGUCCAAAUAGGAAACAUUUCACCUCGCACUGUACCACAUAAACAGGGAAAUUUCCGGAAAUUCUCCCUCCUGUUCUGUGAAGGUUGUUGUGUUACAGUUCCAGCAUCACAUCCUCCCUGCCAGUUACUCCUCAGCUCCCCACACAGUUCCUCCUACCCCCACAGGGGGAAGCUCUCAGUCCACCUGUUCAGAGAGAACUCACCAAUUCAACUCCAUCUUCCCCCACCCACCACCUCUAUCCCAUCCCGCUACGUACUGCUGGACACCAACCCUUCCCCUUCGCCCUCAGUCCUGAACAGGUGAGGUGGACGUGUGUCUGGUGAUGGCAGCUCGCUGAAGGUUGCAGUGGAUGAUCCAUGGAAUGAAGGGACAGCUGGAGUGGAGGUGGGGGCCAGGGGACCCCUGGCUGCUAAAAACUGUCCCCCCCACUCCCCAGACAUUUGGGUGGUGCACUGUUUACUGCCCCACACCCACAUCUGGGUAGUGCACUGUUUACACUGCUUACUGGCUAAUCUUGCCCUGUAGUUGGAUUCAGGCAGUUGGCGAAUGCGUCAGGUGAAGUCAUAGGACGAGUUGGGUCAAAGGCUGUGUCUCCCUGCUGGGUAACUCUGUGAGAUGGAGGAUUGAAGAGAGGCAGUCAAACAAAAGUCAUUUAAAUUCAAUAAACAAAUCAGUACAAAGGGGUGUGAUUUAGUGGCCAUUGCAGAAACGUGGGUGCAGGGUGGAGAUGAGUGGGAAUUAAAUAUCCAAGGGUAGCAGGUGAUACGGAAGGAUAGGCAGGAAGGUAAGGGAGGUGGGGUAGCGCUCUUAAUUAAGAAUGAGAUCAGGGUGAUAGUGAGAGACGAUACAAGAUCUAAGGAGCAGAAUGUUGCGUCCAUCUGGGUAGAGAUUAGGAACAGUAAAGGGGAAAAGAUCACUGGUGGGAGUUGUCUACAGGCCACCGAAUAAUAACAUUACAGUGACACAGGCAAUAAACCAAGAAAUAUCUGACACAUGUAAGAAUGGAACGGCAGUUGUCAUGGGGGACUUUAACGUCCACAUAGAUUGAGCGAAUCAAGUUGGUCGAGGCAGUCUUGAGGAGGACUUCAUAGAAAGCAUCCAUGACAGCUUUCUAGACAGCAUGUUAGUGAACCUACAAGGGAAAAUGCUCUCUUACAUCUGGUCCUGUGCAAUGAGACAGGUAAAAUUAACAAUCUUGUAGUUAGGGAUCCUUUUGGAAAGAGUGAUCAUAGUAUAGUGCAAUAGUCGAUCUAAAACCAGUGUAUUAUGCCUAAACAAGGGAUUCUACAAUGGGAUGAGGGAGGAGUUGGCUAGCGCAGACUGGGAACACAGGCUGUGUGGUGGGACGGUUGAGGAACAGUGGAAGACUUUCAAAGAGAUUUUUCACGGUGCUCAACAAAAGUAUGUUCCAGUUAAAAGCAAGGACAGGAAGGGUGGGGAGAGCCAGCCUUGGUUAACUAAGGAAAUAAAAGGAAGCAUCAAGCUAAAAGCCCAUGCAGACAAAGUCGCCAAGAGUAGUGGGAAACUGGAAGAUUGGGAAAACUUUAGAAAGCAACAAAGAACCACUAAGCAAGCAAUAAGGAAAGGGAGGAGAGAUUAUGAAAGAAAAAAUAUAAGCACAAAAUAUAAAAACAGAUGGUAAAAGUUUUUACAAUUAUAUAAAGCAGAAAAGGGAGGCUAAAGUGAAAGUGGGUCCCUUGGAAGAUGAGAAGGGGGAAUUAAUAUUGGGUGAUGUGGAAAUGGCCGAGGCCUUGAAUGACUAUUUUGUGUCAGUUUUCACGGUGGAGGACAAGUCUAACAUGCCAAAGAGAGAUGUUGUGGAUGCGAUGGGAGGUGAGGACCUCGAUACAAUCGCUGUCACUAAAGAGGUAGUGAUGAGCAAACUAGUGGGUCUGAAGGUAGACAAGUCCCCGGUCCUGAUGGGAUGCAUCCCAGGGAACUGAAAGAAAUGGUGGAGGUUACAGUAGACACGUUUGUGAUAAUUUACCAAAAUUCUCUGGACUCUGGGCGGGUCCCAGUGGAUUGGAAGACGGCGAAUGUUGCACCACUGUUUAAAAAAGGAUGUCAGCAAAAGGCAGGUAAUUACAGGCUAGUUAGCUUAACGUCUGUAGUCUGGAAAAUGCUUGAAGCUAUCAUUAAGGAAGAAUUAGCGAGACAUCGGGAUAGAAGUGGUUCCAUCAGGCAGACACAGCAUGGAUUCAGGAAGGGCAGGUCCUGUUUGACAAACUUACUGGAGUUCUUUGAGGAUAUAAUGAGCGCAGUGGAUAGAGGGGAAUGUUGUGUACUUGGAUUUCCAGAAGGCGUUCGAUAAGGUGCCGCAUCAAAGACUCAUCCAUAAGGGUGCAUGGAGUUGGGGGUAAGGUAUUAGCACGGAUAGAGGAUUGGUUAACCAAUAGAAGGCAGAGAGUUGGGAUAAAUGGGUGUUUCUCUGGUUGGCGAUCAGUGGUGAGCGGGGUGCCGCAGGGGUCGGUGCUGGGCCCACAACUGUUCACGAUAUACAUUAACGAUUUGGAAGAGGGGACCGAGUGUAGCGGAUCUAAGUUUGCUGAUGACACUAAAUUAAGUGGUAAAGCAACUUGUGCAGAGGAUGUGGGGAAUCUGUAGAGAGAUAUAGAUAGGUUAAGUGAAUGCACAACGGUCUGGCAGAUGGAGUACAAUGCUGGUAAAUGCGAGGUCAUCCACUUUGGAAAGAAAAAUAGAAGAUCAGAUUAUUAUUUAAAUGGUGAAAGAUUGCAGCAUGCUGUUGUGCAGAGGGACUUGGGAGAGCUUGUGCAUGAAUCACAAAAGGUUGGUUUGCAGGUGCAACAGGUCAUCAAGAAGGCAAAUGGAAGGUUGGCCGUCAUUGCUGGAGGGAUUGAAUUUAAGAGCAGGGAGGUUAUGCUGCAACUGUACAGGGUACAGGUGAGGCCGCACCUGGAGUACUGCGUGCAGUUCUGGUCUCCUUACUUGAGGAAAGAUAUACUGGCUUUGGAGACGGUGCAGAGGAGGUUCACCAGGUUGAUUCCGGAGAUGAGGGGGGUUAGCCUAUGAGGAGAGAUUGAGUCGCUUGGGACAAUACUCACUGGAAUUCAAAAGAAUGAGAGGGGAUCUUAUAGAAACAAAUAAAAUUAUGAAAGGGAUAGACAAGAUAGAGGCAGGAAGGUUGUUUCCACCAGUAGGUGAGACUAGAAUGAGGGGACAUAGCCUCAAAAUUCAGGGGAAUAGAUUUAGGAUGGAGAUCAGGAGGAACUGCUUUUCCCAGAGCAGUGAAUCUGUGGAAUUCUCUGCCCAGGGAAGCAGUAGAGGCUACCUCAUUAAAUAUAUUUAAGACACAGUUAGAUUCUUGUAUAGUAGGGGAAUUAAGGGUUAUGGGGAAAAGGCAGGUAGGUGGAUCUGAGUCCACGGCCAGAUCAGCCAUGAUCUUAUUGAAUGGUGGAGCAGGCUCGACGGGCCAGAUGGCCGACUCCUGCUCCUAUUUCUUAAGCUCUAA